GAAAACCUUGGGCGAAACUGCAACCGAUUCAUCUGAAAAUUUUCUGUUUCCCGCGUUUAUCACUUUCACGCCUUAAUUCAAAUCUUUCCCAAACAGAACGCCUCUCCGACGAACGAUUCUGACCUCACUGUGCGUUGCCAAGUUAGUACGGGGAUUUCUAUUGUUUAUAUUAUGGCAGUGAUGGGACUACUUGAUUUUGUCGAUACUUAACAUGGUGUACAUGAUCAUCGUUAUUAUGGGGUAGGGAGGAUUAGAACCAUAAAGAAAAUAUGUAAAUGGGUUUUCUGGAUGAAAAAAAAGAAGGGAUACAAUUGCACGAACAAUAUGGCAGUUUCCUGUGUAGCAUCUUUCACGAAUGGAAAACACAGUUUAUACGAUGAUGAAGUUGCUGACUGUUGGCCGUUUCAGGUUUUGCCUUCUUAAUUUUUCUUUUUCUGGAUACAUAGAGCAAGUGAUUCUCCUCAGCCCUACAGAGUGCUGGAAAGUUGAAACAUAAUGGAAACAGGCAGGCGCCCAAAUAGAAGGGCAAAGAAGUUGGGGAAAAGGUGCGUGAAAUCUGCUGGCACGGUUGGAGGUCAGAAGUCUAGAAAGAUAAUUUCUCAGGAGAUAAAAGCUCUCGAUAAUGCACGCAUUGAAGAUAACUCGAAGAAUUCACAGAGUUCAGUUGAUCGAGCUAAUCCAGCAGAAGUGACAGAGUGGACACCUCUUAUUGAUAUUUGUCCCACACAGAUGCCCCAUCCUCGCACAAAGAUCAAGCUUCAACUUUUUCCAAUAAAUGAAAAGACCCGCAUGGCAAUGGAAAAGGAUGGACAUCAUCCACAUUUGGAACUGACUUUAAGGGCUCGAAAGAAAAUUUCUUCGGUAUUAAACCAUCUUAUUAGCAAGUGGGGAUGUUCUAAUGUAGAACGAGGGGAGCUCACGCUUUUUCCAUACAGUAAGCCAUCAAGUCUUGUCAGUGAUCUAAAAUGGACUCUGGAAGAUUGUGAUAUCAGUGCUGGAGAUGUCUAUGCAGCUGUUGGUGGUCCUUCAAUUUUCCGCUUAAGAUAUGGCUGGGUCUCGACAUCCAUUCCUAAACUUCAUUCAUCCUCGAAAGGCUUGGAGAAAGGUUCCAGUAGUACCUUUCAAAGCAUACAUGGGGAAGGCAAACAAUCUGAGCAAACGAUGGACGAGAUCAUCAAGUCAAGCAAUAUGAAUGAAGUGAAUAACACAGCUGCACCAGAGAGGACUGUGGAUUGUCCAACUAAUUCGCUGGAUAAUGAGCCACCGAUAGAUUCUGGUCAUCAGUUGUCAUCAGCAUGUGGAAUCCUGCAGUUAGAUAGUAUAUCAAGCAUAAGCAUGGGAGGCCUCCUUUCUGAAGCUUCCUUAAUGGGAAAAUGCAGUAGCUGGGAUUCAAAGAUAACAGGGGGCAAUGCAAGCGUGCAGCCAGCUGAAGUAAUAACUGAUUCCCUUGAUGCAUGCAUUGCUGCGGUCCAGAUGAGAUUUUCUGGAGUUCCAAAGCAGCCACAUAAUGAUCAACAUUCGUCCAUUUUGGAUGCUGAGCAAACUUGUGAUGCAUUUGCCAUGAAAAGACUCUCUUCAUCGAGCAAAGAUACUCUUUCUCUAGAUGCUAAUGCUGGGGGCACCUUCCAAGAUGCAGAUUCCAAGUUGUUCAAAUUUCCUAAAACACCUCAGGCCCAUAGCCGAUCUGAGCUUUCUCAAGAUCCUGCUGGUAAAGAAUCCAAGACUGAUCUUACGUUCUGUUCGCGGGUUUAUCUUGAUGAAAGUAGCCUUGGGCUGUCAGGAAUCAAUUGGAGCGAUUCCUUAGGACCCUUUGACCUUGGCUUGCCUGUUUCCCGUAAGGUCUCCUCCAGCAGUGAUGGUCUUAGCAUGAGUGGAUUUGUCAGAUAGAAUAUAUAACCAACUCCAUCCUACAACAUUGCAUAGUAAAGAUCUCGGUCAACAAUACAAUUAUGUUUAUGUUCAUUUGCAAAUACUUUGGCAUGUUCUUGCAACUGUAAAGAUUCUUCACUUGAAAUUAUUCUGUAGCUUUUGUCAAUAAUCCAUGUAUUGUGAUUACAGAAGCUGCAUUGAUCUGGGUGAACUUUAGGCAUAUGUCGCUUGCAGAGAGAGGGUGUAUAGAUAGAGAGUACAUGAAUUAAAUUAAAUCUUUGAGGAAAA